AUGGAAGAAAAUAUAGACAAGAUUAUUGAAAAAGUUGCUGAAUAUGAGGACAAGGUUGAAGAGAGCAGUAAGAAGACGGAAUCCGGUAAGGUGGAAUUGAAAUAUAUAUUACGAUGGACAUCAUCGAAGAGUGUGCCUUUUGUGUAUAUGGGAGAGGGGCAGAAUGGUUUCAUAGAAAGGAAUUGCCAAUACACGAAUUGCUUCGUUACCGGGGACAGAUCUUAUCUUGGUGAUUAUACGAAAUUUGACGUCAUCGCAUUUUCCGGUCCCGACGUGGUGCGGUUGAAUGAGAACUUUCUGCCGCAGAAGAGAUCGCCGCACCAGAAGUUUGUGUUCGCCACAAUUGAGUCGGCGGACAACUAUCCAGUGUGUUCGAACAAAUUUGACGGUUUCUUCAACUGGACAUGGACUUACAGGUUGGAAUCUGAAGCGAAGUGGGGCUACAUCGUGGUUAGGGAUGCUAAGCAGAAAAUAAUAGGCCCCAAGCCGGUGAUGCAUUGGAUGAAACUGGAAGAAAUGAACCCAGUGAGCGAAGAUUUGAAAGCGAAACUGAAAAAGAAAUCCAAAGCCGCGGCGUGUGAAGAUUAUGUGACGGAAAAAUUAUUGCAUGGCUUGAAACACAAUGCUGUGCCAAUCGUCUACGGUGGGGCUAACUACACGAGGUUCAUGCCCAAUGGAAUUUACUUAAAUGCAAGAGACCUUGGUGCUGAGAAGUUAGCGGAAAAAAUGAACGAACUUAUCAAGGACGCGGAACAGUACUCCCAAUAUUUUAGAUGGAAAGAUCACUACUCUUACUAUAGGAGACGGAGAGACAAAAGGACGACAAAAGUAGAAGUAGGUUUC